GUUGUGUGGGUCUCGUUAAUCGUAACCGGAAGUUCCAUGGCUGAGGAAUAUUUGAGCUGCAGUGUUGGCCCACGGAUUUACACGGGGAAGUUCAAUUCCACGUUCAGCAUUGUCGAAGACAAAUUUUGCGUCAAAGCGCGUAAAGAGGAGGAGGCAGAAAGCGUCCGAUGGCCGGGUCGUCCUGAAAGACUGCAGUACCACAUGAUGGACGGACGUCACUUCCGGCUUACAUGGGGACCGCCAGCAGACGCUUCCGUCGAGUACCUGCAUGGGUUCGUGUUGGAGAUGUAUGUGGACGCAGACGACAAUGUAUUGUUUCCGGACCCUGUCUGUUACAUCAUAAACUGGACGGGGAACCAGACGACACUUGAUCAACACGGUCCUCUUCCUCAGAACGCUCGGUUCUCUAUUGACUGUCAUGUGAUCCAGUCACGUGUUCUCGCUGUCUCCGUGAUUCUCAUCACACUUCCGGUACCGAGGUCACCUGAUCAUACAGCGUUAACUAGUCUUGACAUAACGUUACCGGAAGCUGACGUUGAACUCUCAACACACCAGACACGAACACCUGCCUUACCCGAGUUAUCAGAACAAACAGCGGCCGGAAAUAUUGAGACGGAGGGCGACCGGAAGUUGGCGGUCUUUCUUCUGGCUGCCGGACUCCCCGGAGCCGUGCUUGUGGUCGCCAUUAUUCUGCUGGUUGCUGUGAUUCGACGGCGGCGGCAACGGUGGCGUGGAUAUGGUUCUACGUACAAGGCUGCUGGCGGACAGACGGAAUCACCGGUGACGUUGGCAUUCUCAGGCCGAGGUAGGGGUUACGGCCACCCCAAUACAGUUCCCGAAUCUCAAGCAAGUCCACCAGCAGCUGAUAAACGCCUGCCAUUGGAUGAUACCAUGCUACGUACAAACUUGGAACAGCACCAAGAAGUGCGCACAGAGGGCGUCAGCGAGCCGCCAUUCCGGCGGACGAACAGUGACAUAACUUACUCAAUUGAUAAAACGUUAUCUGACAGACGGAGCGGCAGGGAUAAUCGUGGCGACUCCGGUCAAACGGAACUACCAGAAAAUACAAUUCCAGGAAAUGACGAGCGUCAUUUAUCUUCAAAUUUAUUAACAAGUAAACAAUUAAAUAACAAAUUUAGUGACACAUAUGGCAAACAAAUUGACGUCAACGUAAACACUGGAUUACCGCCGCACAUUAGACACAUAUUCGACCAUUACAACAACUCAUGACAAAACAAUUCUUACGUCAUUGUAAUUGUUACGUCCGUAAUGGUUUUGUCAUCGUUAUUGUUUCGUCAUCAUAAAUGUUUCGAUAUCUUA